AUGGCAGCCGAACGCAAAGAGCGCAGCGGAAUCGCUGUAGGCCUCAACAAAGGACACAAAACUGAGGCACGAGUCACCAAGCCUCGAGUUAGUAGAACCAAGGGUCACUUGAGCAAGCGGACUGCAUUUGUGCGUGAAAUUGUCAAAGAAGUAUCGGGACUUGCCCCAUAUGAACGAAGGGUAAUCGAAUUACUUCGCAACAGCAAAGACAAACGUGCCCGCAAGUUGGCUAAGAAGAGGCUCGGGACAUUUGGCCGCGCAAAGGCAAAGGUAGACGAGCUUCAGCGUGUAAUCGCCGAGUCACGAAGAGCCGGUCACUAG